AUGAUGAUAUUGAUCAUCAUCAUCAUUUUCCAAGUAUAUCAUCACCAAAUGUACAGAUUAUGUUUUCAUUAUUAACAUUUGGUCAUAGUAUAUUUGGUAUUAUUUCAAUUACAAAACAACGUUCAUCAUUAUUAUCAACAUAUAGUUAUAUUUUGUUGAUUAUUUUUCUUAUUAAAUUAAUAUUCAUUAUAGCAUCAUUAGCAAUGUAUACUGGUAAUGAAAAAAUGGAUCAAUAUCUUUUAUCAACAAUAUCCAUAUUAAUUAUAAUAACAUUAAUAAUUGAAAUAAUAUUGGUUAUGAUUGUUUAUCAAUUUAGUCGUUUAGUAAAACGUGGUGAUGCUGCAAGACAAGAAAUACAAAGUAUACAUUCAUAUCAUCGUGGUCGUAGUCGUAGCCAAAGUCAAAUACGUUCAUUAUAUAGUGGUGGUGGUGGUUGUUUUAAUAAUAAUGAUUUUGGCAGUAUUGAUCCAUUUGGUGGCCAAAAUCAACAACAACAACAACAACGACGACAAACACCAACACCAUCAUCAAUAUUGAUAAUGACAAAUAGCCGUAAUGUUUCAAUUGAACCAUCAUCAAUAAUUUCUACAACAGAUAAUUUUACUUAUUAUAAUCAAAAUGAUGAA